CUACCAGAGACUUCUUCAAAGGACAGAGGACUCGGGUUGGCGACACAGGCCAUCUACCACCAACCUACUGAAGCGCAGCUCAGAAUAUGUGACCAGUUCAGUGAUGCUGUACUCAAUGCUCAUCUGAAGCAGGACCCAGAUGCCAAGGUAGCCUGUGAGACUGUGUGUAAGACAGGCAUGGUGCUGCUCUGUGGGGAGAUCACAUCCCGGGCCAACGUGGACUACGUUGUGAGGGAUACCAUCAGGCAUAUCGGUUAUGACAACUCAGAUAAAGGUUUUGACUAUAAGACCUGUAACGUGCUGGUGGCUCUGGAUCAGCAGUCCCCUGACAUCGCACAGGGAGUUCACAUCGACCGGAUGGAGAGCGACAUUGGAGCAGGAGACCAGGGUCUGAUGUUUGGUUAUGCCACUGAUGAGACGGAGGAGUGCAUGCCUCUCACCAUCGUCCUCUCACACACACAACUUCCUUUUUGGUGCAGUUUUCAUUAAGUUUUUCUUUGGUUUCAGUCAUGCCUAAAGCAUUAAACUGGAUUAAAUACA